GACAUUUAAAAUGUCAAUAAAGAAACGAAGAGAAAAGUCAAAGUGAGAUAGAAUCAACAUUAAUAUAAUUCUAAACUUUAUAUUCGAAUACUUGCGAGUCAUGGUUUUACAUGAUUUGUUUUUACCAAUUUUACUGCAUUAAAGUUUCAUCUUGCGCACAGAAACAGCUGUAGUUGAAGUUACUUGAAGUCAAGUAUUGAUAUGAAAUUUUAAUGUUUGCCGGUUUGUAGAAUUCAAUAACAAAAUGCCAAAUACUUUGCCUGUUGUUACAAUACAAUGCGACUGGAUAGAUAUUCUGAGGCUUAUGAAAGGUGAAUUUUGGAUAUCAUCAAAAUGUAAAGAUCAAACCAGCAUCCAUGACACAAUAAAAACUUUAGUUAAUCAAGCUGAUGGAAAAUUACAAAUAAAAUGUCCAGAUAGUUAUCAAUAUGUCUCUCAUAGUAAUUUGAGUCUUGUUUUAAAGCAUUUAGGUUCAGGCUUAAAGGUGGCAUUUGUUGCUCCAACCAAAACACAUACUGUACAUAAAAAAGCCUUGUUAUCAAUUAGCUCUGGUGAAAAUGCUUUAGCAGUUUCAUCUUGUGAGGAAGAUAAACUGAUCGUUUGGGAUACUAGAACUGAUGAGAUCCUUUUAGAUUUAAAAGGUCAUGGUGGACCAGUGUAUAAAUGCAGAUUAUUUCCAUCAAAUGUGGUUUUGAUAUCAGCCGGAGCUGAUGGUUCUUGCAGGAUUUGGUCUGCAGAGAGUGGGAUAAAUCCAGUCACAUUGAUUGGUCAUAAAAUGUCCAUAUCAGAUUUAGCUAUUAUUGAUAAAGGCAGAAAUGUCCUAAGUGUUAGCAAAGAUGGCACAGCAAAGUUAUGGGAUGUAGGUCAGUCUAGAUGUAUUGACAAUAUUCUGGAAGGGCAUGGACCUAUCAAUUGCUGUGCUAUAACCACCUCUGUUGAUGAAGUUACCAUAGACAAUGAUAGAGAGAUUGGUACUGGCAACAAAUUGCUAGUUGCUGGUUAUGAAAGUGGGUUAAUUAUCUGUGCCCAUGUUGGCAAGAGAACAGAAUUAUACAAAGUUCAACUGGAUUCUUCUGUAAAUGCUUGUAUAAUUAUUGAUCAAGUUAUUAUUGCUGGCUGUAGCAAUGGAAAGAUUGUUUUUACACAUCUUCAAGAUGGUUCUAUAAUAAAAGAAUUACAUGAAUCUAAUAAUCCGAUCUUAAGUCUGACAACACUGGUCAAUAAUAUGUUUAUAGUGGGUCGCCAGGAUGGGACAUGUACAGUGUUCUCUAUGAAUGAAUCCCACAUUGCUAUACGAGUUCAACUUACUGGAUCUGACUGUGAUGGAAUAAGAGACAUAGCAUUUAACGGUAAAUGGAUUCUGGCAGCUUGUAGAGAUGGCAACAUCAGGAAGUAUGACUUCAACCAAAUAACUGUUCACUAUAAGUGAUAUUUAAAAUAAGAACUACCCUCAAAUCCCUAUUCAAUAAGAAUUAAUGAACAAGUUUCUUGUAUUAAUAAAAUAUGAAUACCAUAAUAAAUUCUUAUUUGUUUAUUA